ACCAUGAUGUAUCUGAAGAUUCACACUGGACACCUUUUCUCAAGACCAGCAUCAAUUACAUCCGAGAAGUCUAUCCAAGGCCAUGGGAUAAGGUAAAGAUAAUUGUUGGAAAAAUUCUACAUCUGGUUAACAGCAAAAGUUAACAGCAAAACCUCCAGUGAAGAUGUAUAAUAGGUGGGGCUCAAACAGUAAGAAAUUAUUGUAGUCAGAAUACAGUUUUACUGCAUGAAUCAGGCAAAAUUGGACUAAAUAUAAUAUAUUACUGACAAACCUUGUUUGUCUUAAAAUGUUCCAUAUUUGUUUGAUUGUGAUGUUUAUUUUAAAUAAUAAAAUAUAUGAAAGAAUUUUCCAAACAUUCACCAACAAUUUCCUCAUAGGACACUUUCCUCUUGAUUGUCUUGGACUGGGUGGGUUCUGAAAAUAAAAUAAGAGCUAGUUUAGCUUUUAGAGUUCCCUCCUGCAGGAAGUGAGGCCCUCAAAAAGUGCAGUAAGAUCUGGACAGAUGAGUGCACAGAAACUGGUGGCCUUCCUGUUUGGCAUUGCAUCCCACAUGGUAUCGGAUGUGAGCUGGCAUAGUUUGAAUAUCGACCAAGGGUUUCUUAAGGCCAUGGGUGAAGUUGAUUUCUAUGGCUCCUAUGCAGAAGCUCAUCAAACUGGGGAUUUUGGUGGUGAUGUACUCAGCCGUUAUGAACUUAACUUUGACUAUUUAGAAGCAAAAUGGUACAUUCCAGUGAAGGACCUUUUUAACAUCUACAAGCUCUAUUAUGGCAAAACCAUCAUAGAAGAGAGCACGAUUACUCACUGCACGUACAUACUCUUCCUUGAAAUGUAUGGAGAAUCCCUUGGCAUUGCUAAGCUUCACUCAACAUAUGCAAGCAAAUCUCCUUUCUUGGUGGAGAGAUUCCAGGAAUAUUUUCUUGGUGGCAUUGAUGAUAUGGCUUAUUGGUCUACCAACAUAUUCCAGUUAACUAGUUUCAUGUUAGAUAAUGGUACUAGUGAAUGCUACUUACCUGAAAACCCUAUUUUCAUACAAUGUAAUACCGAGAGGAGGGAAAAGAACAUAAUAGGAAGAAAACUUUGGCAAAAAAAUGAAUUUGAUCGAGAUUUUACUCUCUCAGUCAUAAGAGCAGAUGUUGCUGAUAACAUUACUGUGGACUCAGGAGUUGUCUUUCAGAUGAGUUCUUGGGCAAAGGGUUCAAUGCUGUUUAUGAGCAAUGCAAUGGAUGCAAUGAAUAUGAAAGGCAUUUUCGCUGGCCAGUAUCCAAACCAUAUUACAAGCCCUUCUACCUCCUAUUUUGUCAGUUCACCUUAUGCAAGACUUGGAUGGGCUAUGACCACAGCAGAUCUAAAUGGUGAUGGACAUGAUGAUUUAGUAGUUGGAGCUCCAGGAUAUAGCACUUUGGGCCAUGUUCAAAUAGGCCGUGUGUACAUUGUUUAUGGAACAGAAAGUGGACUUCCACUUGCCGAAAUAGACCUAGACAAACAUGCAAAUGGACUGCUUGAAGGCUUUGAGAACUCUGGCAGGUUUGGCUCUUCUUUGGCAGUGCUGGACUUUAACCUUGAUGGACACCUGGAUCUGGCAGUGGGUGCUCCUUCUGUGGGGUCCCAGCAUCUCAGAUACACAGGUUCUGUAUAUGUGUUUUAUGGAUCAGAAAGUGGAGGUUUGUCAACUCAACCGAAUGUAACCAUAACCUGCAGGUUCACAUAUUGUAACCUAGGGUGGACCCUCCUAGCAGCUGAUAUGAAUAAGGACAGAAAAAAAGACCUUGUAAUUGGUGCACCAUAUGCUCCAGGUGGAGGAAAGCAAAGAGGUUUAGUGGCUGCAUUUUUUUCAUGCAGCAGCAGAAAAGGUAGUUUGUCUGCAGAAGAAUCAGAUUGGAGCGUAUCUGGAGAGCAUGAUUAUGCUUGGUUUGGUUAUUCCCUACACACGUAUGCAGUUAGGAAUCACACUUUGCUGUUGGUUGGGAGUCCUACAUGGAGUACCUGCAAGAGUCUUAACUGUGAUGCUUCAUUAAGUGGAACCCAGAGUGUUGGAAAGGCAUAUGGUUUCUAUCCCCCAAGCAGUGAUGUGACUUUUGCUGUUCAUGGAGACACAGAACAGAGCAAACUAGGCUCAUCAUUUGCUAGUGGCGUUAUCUCACUCGACAAAAGGCGUAAACGAAUUCUUCUCAUCGGAACACCAACAAAAAGUAGCACCUACCAAGUUGCAAUUCUAUCUAGACAGUUGCACCACGCUGGGACUGCUUCAGUGUAUGAGCUGAAAUCACGGAGUGCACCGUCUCCUCUAAGCACUCUGAGUGGAGACCGAGCAUAUGCUCGCUUUGGGGCUAAGAUUCAUUUAGAUGAUCUGGACAAAGAUGGCCUUGAUGAAAUCAUAGUGACAUCACCUCUAAGAAAUGAUGGAACACUAACAAUGCUUGGUGCUGAGGCUGGAAGGGUCUAUAUCUAUAAUGGUAAUGCCAGAACUCCCGGCUAUCUGACGGAAAACUGCAAAUCCUGGGUUUCACCUUGUCCUGAGGACUGGGCACAAUAUGUGCUUAUAUCUCCAGAGGAAAAAUCAAGAUUUGGAAGCACAGUGAUCACAGUCAAGUCCAAUAACAAGAGUCAAGUUGUUGUAGCUGCUGAAAGAAGCUCAGCGAAAGCAAGACUUGGAGGUGCCCUCCAUAUCUACAAUUUUGCAUAACUUCCCGCUUUGCCUGUGCACAGUAUAUAGUCAUGUAAAUAGCUUUCUUACAGCAACAUAUGGCCCUAGAUCUCUAGUGUAAAGCAGCUUUACAUUCCAGUCUGACACUUAUACACAUAAAUGACCAGAGCAAUUGUUCUUAUGUCUUUCCUAGUACAUAUUUUCUGGAGAGGACAGGCCCAUCAACAUAUAAUAUAGAACUUUACUCAUCAUAUUCAGGAAAUUGUUUGGUAGUUUGCCAAAUAGUUUGACUAAUGUUUUAUGAAAUAAUACAUGUAAUACAUCCGUAAACAUUUAGUGUAAUAAUUUGGUACUGCAGAUAGACCAAGAGAUUUUGGUCCAUAGCUGGCUAUAAUGUCAUGAAUAAGGAAGUGCAGUUCUAUGGGUUGAAGAGUGGGGCAAGUUAUCAUAUGAUGUAAAUUAAUAAUCUGUCCCAAAAUGACAGGAGAGGGAAUGUUGCAGCAUAAAAGACAUGACUGAAUAACACAUAACAUAAGACUCCUCUCAAAGCUAGGGAGUUUUAUACCAUUGUCUGCAUUCUGGAUCUGGUGUCUUCAUUUAUUGUUUUUAAACCUGAUGUGGUUGUAUUAUUAUUAUUUUAGAAUAUAAAAGAUUAGUA